CGCGGCAGGCCCAGCCCGCUGCCGACCUCCCAGAGCACGGUCCGGCCGCGCCAGCCCCUCCCGGGUGCUGGGGAGGGUUCUUGUUGCUUUCGCAGAGAUAAGGGUUGUUUAGCCGGAGAGACGCCUCGGGGAUCUGUUGCGUAAUUCAUGCAGUCCUGAGAGGGGUUAAUGAGAUGUGCAGACUCCCGGAGGCUCGGGUGUAGCGGGGUCACAGGGAUUGCAAGUAGACACUUCAGAGAUGUCCAACAAGUUGAAGAGCCGUCCUGCUGAAAACGGAGAGCAUCCGAGGGAUAAAACGGAAAAUGGAAGAGACAGCGUGGCUGGCCCUGCCUUUAGUACCUACACUGCAGAAGAGGUGGUACAACAGAUGAAAGAACUAAUUGCUGAGAACAAUGAGUUAAAAGAAGCCAUGAGGUUGCAUAACCAAGCUAUGAAGGACCGAUAUGAGGAACUUUACCUCUGGCGAGAGAAGCAGAAAGAAGGACGAGAAUUUUAUGAAGUAAAGUUUAAAGAGGCUAAAGAGUGUUUGCUAGCCAAAUGCCUCGAGAAUGAACAGCUACAGCAACAGCUCCGGAGCUUGAAGGAAAGAGAAGGAGCUGGAAUGGAGGGCUGUGUGGCUCCCGAGAAGGAAGUGAGGCAGCUGAAAUCCCAGGUGCAGCGGCUCCAAGCUGAGAAGGCAGAUCUGCUUGCCAUCAUCUCAGAACUGCAGGUCAAGCUGAACAUGUGCUCAGCAGAGGAUUCCUUUGUGGAGAUUGGGAUGAAUGAAGGAGAAGUAAAUAAAGCCACAAAGGAACAUCAAGAGAAUAGUGGUGAAAUGGCCAGUAACGUUGCUAUCAUCAUCAGGAGCAAAGCUGCAGAUGAAUCAAAGAAUUUGGAGUCUGAGGAGCUAACUGUGAGACAACUGCUCAGCUGCCUUAGAAAUGAAACUCAAAAGAGGGAAGAGCUUGAAAAGGAGCUGCAGAAUCACAAACAGAGACUGUCAGAGCUGGUGAAGGAAACCAGCAGCUGCCUGGAGAGUGGGACACAAACUGAACAGGAAGAAGAAGACAGUUCAGAAGCUGUUGGCAGUGAAGUAGAAGCCUUGAAUUCACAAGUCUGUGCUCUGUUUAAAGAGCUCCAAGAAGCCCAUGAGAAGUUAAAAGAGGCAGAAUUGAUUCAAAAGAAGCUUCAAGAAAAGUGCCAAGUACUGGAAAGAAAAAGCACAGCUGCUGCAUCAGAACUGGAGGAGAAGCAGCAGCUAAUAUACACUGUCAAGAAGCUGGAACUUCAGGUGGAGAGCAUGCAAGCACAACUCAAGAUGGAACAAGCCAAGACACUUGAAGAAAUGGCAAAAUAUAAUAGCUUGCAGGAUGCAUAUGCCAAACUCCUUUCUGAGUUCACUGAGGCGAUGAAAACAAUCAAGGAAAUGAAACUCAAAGAGCUGGACAGAGUGGAUAAAGUUGUGGUGGAACAACUGAAUGCAAAGGUGGAGUUGGCAGAACAAGCUCUUGCUGCAAAGCAGCUCCAGAUAGAUGAAAUGAAGCAGUUAAUUACUAAGCAAGAGGAGGACCUUGAGACCAUGGCUGUGCUCCGUGCUCAGAUGGAGGUUUAUUGUUCUGAUUUCCAUGCUGAGAGGGCAGCAAGAGAGAAGAUCCACGAGGAGAAGGAGCAGUUGGCUGUCCAGCUGGCAUACCUGCUGAAAGAACAGCAAAACCUUGAAGAUCUUGGCAGAAACUCAUUGGCAGAGAUGCAGAACCGCCACAGCGCCAGGGCACCGGAUCGGCAACACUCGCCUCACCUCGUCCCAAGAGGAACUGGUAGUCAAGAGUGGCCAGAGCAGCGAAAUAUCUCAAUGUAUUCCUGUCCCAAAUGUGAAGAAAUUCUACCUGAUUUGGAUACACUGCAGAUUCAUGUUAUGGACUGCAUUAAUUGAGUGAUGCCUCCAAUUCUUCAUCUCCUGGAAUUUCACCUUUUUUUAAAACUCUUUUUUUCUUCUUCCUGCCCUAAUGAUGUUCAGCCUCACAUGCUGUGAAGGAGGUUUUCAAGGUGUUUCUCAAAUUCAGUGGGUAAAGGGUAAAAUUCCUACCCUGUCCUGUAACCAGUGAUCUUGUUUUAAUCUGCUUUAGGAAAAGCAUUUUUCUGGGUAAACAGCGUGGAUUUGUGUUAAAGAACUCCCAGUGUGUGUGCUGCUAUGAAACCUUUCAGGAACAUUCCCCUGAUGUGCUCUGCUCUUUAUGGCAAGCCUGCAGAACAGGGCUGAAUCACUCAAGUCAGGAGAGAGAUGGGAUAUGUGCUGAUCAAUUCAAAGUACUGUGAGCCUGUAAAUACUUCAUCUCUCAUACACUAUCAGGACACUAAUAAAUUAAAGAAGCUCCUUGAGAAGCUUUCAGCAGAAUGGAGUAGCGCUGUAUUCAUCGAAGAUUUGAAGUGAGCCCUGCUCUUUCUCCAGAUGGCACUUUUAUUGCUGCCUUUGUGACCAUACUCAUCUCAUGUUCAAUUUUUCAUGGCUCAUGUAACUUCUUGCUUUUAGCCAGGGUAAAGUUUAAAACAGAUCAUUUAGGUCUGAUAUAUGUAGCUCCUGGUGUACCCAAGUCACUUGAUUUUAUAGAACUGUUCAUUUUUAAGGUGUUGUCUUGAUUCUUUGUCAUUAGAGUAAAUUCAUUUAAACCUGUACAGUAUUGUGCUAGAAAGCACUGAGAUGGAUGUAGCCUAAUUUUAAAAAGAGAGGUAUAAUAGAUUUUCACAUCUCAAAAUAAAUCUAUUGCAAGUAUCAAA